CAUUUUCCUUAGAUGUCAGAGGAUCUAGCAAAACAGUUGGCUAGCUACAAAGCUCAACUCCAGCAAGUAGAAGCUGCUCUAUCUGGAAACGGAGAAAAUGAAGAUCUGCUGAAACUAAAGAAAGAUUUGCAGUGGCUCUCUGCAUCCCCGAAACGCCUUCCUUCAGUAAGCAGAGUGCUUGGGUGCACCCCCUUUGACCUGCUGAUAUGUAGAUCACAACACCUGAUGCUUCCUGGAAUUGCCGGUUACUGUAACUGCUGCCCAUCUGUCAAUGAAGGAGCAGUUUCAGAACUCAGACUUGGGGGAGGAAAAGUAAUUAAUGGAAGUUAUAGAAUUGACCAAGGACCUUCUGUCAACUCAACCUUCAGAAACUCUUGCAAGUUCGGACAGUUUUGCUUCUACUCAGCCUACUCAUUCAUGGAAAGUAGGGGACAAGUGUAUGGCGAUCUGGAGUGAAGAUGGACAGUGUUAUGAAGCGGAGAUUGAGGAGAUAGAUGAAGAAAAUGGCACCGCUGCAAUCACCUUUGCUGGUUAUGGCAAUGCCGAAGUGACUCCAUUGUUGAACCUCAAGCCUGUCGAAGAAGGAAGGAAGGCAAAAGAGGACAGUGGUAACAAGCCAAUGUCGAAAAAAGAAAUGAUUGCUCAGCAGCGUGAAUAUAAAAAGAAGAAAGCGUUGAAAAAAGCACAGAGAAUAAAAGAGCUUGAGCAGGAACGAGAGGACCAGAAGGUGAAAUGGCAGCAGUUCAACAACAGGGCUUACUCUAAAAACAAAAAAGGCCAGGUCAAGAGGAGUAUUUUUGCUUCGCCAGAAAGUGUAACAGGCAAAGUUGGAGUAGGAACUUGUGGAAUUGCUGACAAGCCUAUGACACAGUAUCAAGAUACAUCUAAAUACAACGUCAGGCAUUUGAUGCCUCAAUAGUCAGAGAAACUGUUGGAUUUCAUCUCUGCAGGGCUUUACAUUUACCUUUUUAUCCUUAUAUUUUUCUAAAGGUAAAUUAUUUGUUAGUAAGGAAGAUACAUUGUUGUCUUUGUUUGGCUUUGGUAGACUGACACUUGAAGACAUUUGAUAACUGCUACCAUUUUCCUUUUCAUUACUUCUUAACCACAAUUCUCAGAGUUGUUGAACAAGGCAACUUUUCUAGGUAAAAGCUGCUCAAGCCAGCACUUAUGUGACUUACUGAACUGAGGCCCCCACUUAUCUCCUGUUGUGUAGACAUUUUGUAAGUCCUCAGUUGGACUUUUCAGAUGCUCUGCACUUGACUUAUUCCAGCAGUCCAUUAGAACAUCGAGGCACAAGGCCAAACCUGCUAACAAGAACUUCUUCAGUUUUAUAACCUGGCCAUUGUCCAAACAAGCCGAAAUAUAGGUUAAUUUAUAAAUGGCAAAGUUUAUUUUGAGGUUCUUUUUCCUUGAAUUAAUUGUUUCCUGGGCCUAUUAGGUCACCUCCAGAAUUGACUCACCUUGUAGUUUUUGUCAUUGAAUUUGAAUUUUAUAUUAAAAACCAAACAAACCAUGUUUAGGAUGUGUUCCCCUUCUCUGGUGUUUAUUUGGUGGUGUUUGUUUUUUUUCCUUGAUUUUU